GAGUCUCAUUUCUUUGAUGUAUGUUUUGGAAUUUGCUUGAACAGUAACGAAUGUUUUUGCUGCUGUGAAAAGUUGCAGACUGAAUGAAUAAUAUCUACAUUAAAAUAGGAUGAAUGGGUGACCCAAAGAGCUCAAGCAUAAUGUUCCGACUACGUCGCAACAAGCGGAAAGUCAUCAGUGUUUCUCUUGUAGGAUGUUUACUUAUAUUCAUUUACACAUCUCGUACAAUGUUUUAUCAUACGUUUUACGGAAAAAACUUAGCCGGGUUGAUCAUUCCCCGAGAAGAUUAUUCCUUAGUGAAUGAUAGACAGUCAAAAACUCACACACAACAUUUUGUUAUGAUAACUUAUUGGGGCCGGAUGGGAAACCACAUGUUUGAGUAUGGAACUCUGGUCGGUGUGGCCAAACAGAACAACAUGACGCCAAUAAUUCCACCAGAUCUGGACCUUCUGCAACAUUUUAAACUUCCCGCGCGUCGAGGGAACAAAGAUAUGCUGAGAAUGUACUACACAUACUACGAGGAGAAACCUGCAGCCUACUUCAAGGCCGUCUCAAAGCUAAAACCGUUUGAUGCUUUCUUGGAAGGUUACUACCAGUCCUGGAAGUACUUCAGUAACGUGCGCGAUGAGCUGAUCAAAGACCAUUUUGUUUUUCACGACAGCAUCCAGAAAGCUGCCGCUCAGUUUAUCAGUGGCAUCCGGCGAGAGAGAAAGAAAGCCAACGCCGCACUGGUUGGACUGCAUGUCCGUCGAGGAGAUUUCGUGAGACAGAAACUGAAGGGCUAUUCGGUUGCUCCUGUUCCUUAUUUCUACAAAGCUAUGGACUACUUCAGGAGGAAGUACAAAGAUGUUUUGUUUAUCAUAGCCAGUAACGAUGUGUUUUGGGCGGAGGACAAUCUAGAUCAAGGGCCUGACAUAGUGUAUUCUCACAUUGAGGAUGGUGCCGUGGACUUUGCUGUGUUGUGCAGCUGUCAGCACAUGGUGAUAUCCGCGGGGUCGUAUUCCUGGUGGGCGGCUUACAUGGUGCCUGGCGAGGUGAUCUACUACAAAGGUUAUCCGCAACCAAACACGAAGAUAGGAAACCUGACGGUCAGAGAAGACUACUACCCACCACACUGGUUGCCCAUGUAGGCAGUCCAUCAUACCCGGGAAGUGGG